AUCUUUAUAUUUUGCUUAUUUUGGAAAAUCUAUGAUGCAUAGAAAUCUAGAACAGGUGGUGGAUUUUGUUCUGUAAUGUUAAAUUCAGUAAUGAUGUUCAUAAUUAGAGCUCAAAACCUAUCAACUGUGCUUUUGUUCAGUUAGGCUGUUGGAAAAAUCAGCCUAGGAGCUAGGCGGCCGCCUAGGCAGGUCUAGGCAGGUCCUUUUUCUUUUUUUUUUCCUGACUUUAGGUAAAUUAUGAACCUGCUUCAAUUUCUGAUGGCCGCUAUGUGAAAAUUGGCUUUUGAUUAUGUGUUUUGCAUCCUGAAAAGAGAAAGAUGUGGUCGAACAGUUAUUACUAGAGGGAGCAAUAGAGAUUUUAGCCUGUAAAAGUAGUAUGUAAUUGUUAGGAAUUUGGUUCGGCCUAAGUUGGAUGAGUAGUUGGAAAUCCUGACUGAAUCAGACUUGGGGAAUACACAGACACUGAAACACAUAGUCGGGCUUUGCUUGUUGUCAUAGACUAUGAAGCCGCAAUUCACUUCUGGAAGGUUGACAAGUUUGACUUUGUUGUCUACAUGAGUGCUUAUAUGGGCGUCGUUUUUCGCAGCGUUGAAAUUGGACUAGUCUUAGCGGUUGCAAUAUCUGUGAUCAGGGUACUUUUGUUUGUGGCAAGGCCAAGGAAUUUUGUUCAAGGAAACCUUCCGAAUUCCAUGGUUUACAGAAAUAUUGAGCAGUAUCCCAAUGCAAGCAAUGUUCCUGGAAUUCUCAUACUUGAGAUUGAUGCUCCCAUUUACUUUGCAAAUACCAACUACUUAAGAGAAAGGCACUAAUUAAUUAAACCUGAGUAAGAACUAAAGAUUUGGGGCUUAAGAUAGAUAAUAGGGACUAAGGUUUUGUUGAGUUGUUCUUGAGGUGGUUGUACUAUCUUUUUGUUUUCUGGUCAUGUUUGUGUUUUAGUGAGCCAGAACUAAAGAUUUGAGGCUUAAGAUAGAUAAAUGGCUUACUAUGGGACUGGGAAAGAGACAUCCUACUUUGUUUGUGAAGGUUUGAAUCAGACAUUUGAUUUUUAUGAUGAUUGCACAAAUUUUCAUCUACAAAUUGAUUGAAUAACUAGUGUAGUGCUUCAAGUUACCAGUCGCUUCUAACCAAGGUGCUUUCUUAUAGUGCCACCAUACUCAUUAAACAUAGAGACCUCUGUGUGUCAUCCUUUUGAUUCUAAUAAUUUCUAAGUGUUAAGUUGGUUAACUGGCCUAGCGUUGAGCCAUAAAUUACUGAAAUAGUCUCAUGAUGAAAGAAUUGAUUGCGUUCUCAUGAUUAUUUGUGAUCGUAGAAACGGCUUUCCAGAAAUCCUUUAAUCUUCUAUGAUGUAUUUUGUUUCAUUUGUGGGCACACAGGUUGGAGAGGACUUGAUGAAGGCAUCGUUGUAGUUGGGACUUGCAUGAUUUAAAAGCUACAAUGGCUGGUUGCAUGUCAACCCCAUCCAAAACAAUUAAAUCAUGGAAAAAACACUGUCAGCGGGUCAUCAAACGCCAUAGAAAGGCAACCUGCUCUACUUCAGAUGGUACCAAGAAAAGAAAUACCAGUUUCAAGAAAAUAAAUAGUGAUGCAGGAGCUUGCGUGAGUGACUAUGCUGUCAGUGAGUUUGUUCAUGUGGAGUUUGAGAAUGGUGCAACAACUACUCACAGAAGAUCUAAGGUUUCUAGUUCAACAUUCCAUCUCACCCAGCUGCAAUGGCACCACAAUCAAUAUGAUUCGAAUGUAAUUUUCCAACAGGAAGCUUGGUUUGACUCAGUGAGUAUUCUGGAGUCUGACUUGGAUGAUGACUUUAUCAUUAUACAUGGAGAUGGUUUUCCAUUAGCAAGCAAUCCAGUUGGGAAUAUCUCAAGUGGCCAAGUACUUCAGUACGAAAGAUCUGCACGCUUUGUUGAUAAUGGGUGUAAGUAUGAAGAAUACCAAAGCUAUAUGAAAAUAGAUGGAGGUAAAUCAGAUAAAAUCACAGGCAAUGAUGAGAGCAGGGAAUCAAAUUGGUUUUCGCUUAUUAGUAUCCAGGGCUAUGAGCUUUCUCACUUAGGGAAGGCUGAUGAAGUUUGCAGUAAGAGGAAGAAUAUAUUAGAUCACUCUUAUGGAAGCUUUAAAGGACUUAUAGAGGAUGGACGUGAUUCUAAUGAAAAAAUUCAAGACAAUGCCCUGAAAUCCGGCUUAUCUCGAUUGGUACCUUCUGUAAGUUCCAACGACAAGAUUCUAUGUGCACAGAGUUUGGUUCUGCAGUCCCAGAGAAAGCUAUCAGCCGUUUUCAGACUUUCUUUUAAAAGUAGAUCCUGUGAUGCAGAAGAAACCAUUGAACAAUGUCAAUCAAAAAGGUUUCUGUAUCGGCCUAGACCAGGAUAUAUCAUUCCAUGUUGUAGAGUAAAGAAGCCGACUUUAGGAUCUUGGUCUGAGAUUCCACCCUCAAGUUUUAAAUGCCAUGGCGAGAACUAUUUCAAAGAUAACGAAAGUCAACUGCUCCGAACUACAGUCCAUAUACUCCAAUAUGUGUUUGUAUGCCCAAAAAAGAUACAUCACAUUGCCCAGCAUCUUGAGCUUCCCAAAGUGAAAGCAAAUGGGAAAGUGAUCAUUGUAAACAUACAGUUGCCUACUUAUCCUGCUGCAAUGUUUCUUGGUGAUAGUGAUGGAGAGGGGAUGAGUCUUGUAAUGUAUUUCAAAGUUUCUGAGAAUUUUGAUAAAGACAUCUCUCCUCAAUUCCAGGACAGCAUCAAGAAAAUGGUUGACAAUGAGACAAAAAAAGUUAAAGGAUUAGCAAAGGACUCCAUUGUACCUUUUAGAGAAAGACUAAAGAUCUUGGCGGGGGAGGUAAAUCCUGAGGAUCUCGGUCGGAGUUCUGCUAAGAAGAAGCUUGCACAUGCAUAUAAUGACAAACCAGUUCUUUCACGCCCCCAACACAAUUUUUAUAAGGCACUGGCGAACCCAUGAAUUUUUUAGAGGAGGUGCAAUGUUUUGGCCAGUGUAUAUAAUCAUGUUUUAAAAAGUAUAGUUCACUCAAAUAAAGCUACACAAGAUUUUCCUUCUUCAUGAGUCAUGACUCAUAAUGAAUAUUCUU